CAAAGAGAGACAAAAAGAUCACAGAGACACAGAAUGACCACACAAAGUGGCUAAACUAUAACAAAGAUGCACAAAACAACCUCAUCAUUUAUAAUCCCAUUGUGUCUUGUGCUCUCUACCUGGGUGGGGGGCCUUUUACAUGUCUCUGCCCAGGGGCUCAUUGUGUCAUCAUCUGUCCAUGUUUGUACUUUUGACUUUUCAUCAAAUAACAAGGUAUUUACAUGCCGAUCCGAUCUUGUGUUUCAACUGUGAGUCACUUCACAUUGUCUGUGGGGAAAAUGAAUGUAAAAAAAAAAAAACAGUAUUGAAUGACAGUGCCCCCUGUCUUCUCCUUACUGUCCAAUCACCAAACAGCUUUGAGUUUCUAGUUACUUCAGGAACUGUUGCUAUGGAGCUGAUACCAACACUUCAUACAAAGUUUUCACUCUGGAUGUCCACAGACAAAUAAUACUCUGAGGAGGGAUUUACCUGAUUCACAGAGAUAGCAGCAGAUAGUGAGUAUUUUUCCUAGAAAGAAAGUGCAUGUCGAGGAAUGCAGGUCCAGUCUGUUCCCCUCGGCUCUGUCACUAUCGGACCGCUGUCUUGGCGCGAUGGGACGGUCCGCUCCAUCCAGCGAGCAGAGCGCCUGGUGCGGCAGACUCGAGCCGGGCGGUCCGUGACUUGCAGCCGGCCCCGGAGCAGCAGCGCCGCCGCCGGUUUCACCCCAAAGCGCGCAAACGGUACAGCGGAAACAGGAGAAGAUAAGAUCACAGAGGAGGAAUGCAGAGAGAGUCGUGACUGCAUCUGCAAAAAUAAGAUGUUAAGACCUCAGACUACAGGAGGGAUGUUCCCCAGUGGGACCCAGAGAAUGUCUGUGGCUCCUUUCCUGCCUACCAGCUUGCGUGAGCAGUGUGCCGGGGCCAGCACUGCCGUGGCCAGUGAGUACAUGCGGAGGGUGCGGGAGGUGGAGGGCCAGCUGCGCAGGCAGGCCGGCAGGGUGACCCAGGAGGGUGUCAAGCUGGAGAGGGAGAGGGGUCACCUGGAGAGGAUGCUGCGCAGCCUCAGGACUGAUCUGACCGUCAACAGGAGGAGCUCAGAGGGGAGGACCAGGAGGCCGUCCACCGCUGAGACGGAGAGAGAUGGUGCUGAUUACUUGCUGUUGUUUGAGAGGAGAGAGCUGGCUGAGUUGAAACAAGAUCUGGAGGGAGCACUGAGAAACACACUGACCCAGCUACAGGCCCUGGGUCAGAGCAGCAGACAGCUGCUGGACUGUGCCAGUGAGAGGGCUCGUGUCCUGGAGCUGCUGCCUCAUAGCAGCUCUGCCGGAGGACAAAGCAGCGCUGUUCAGACCUUCACUAAAGCAGACCCAGUCAGUCCCUUUACACCAGAAUGUAAACAGGUUUUAGAGUCAUCCACUUUGACAGUCAACCAGUCACAGCUACUUAGGGAAGACAUCAGGCAGAUGCUAACCAGCGCCAUCACCAGGCAGAAAGCUGCCCACUGUGCCGUCAACGAUGGCCUGGUGAAGAAAAUUGCAGAGACAAUCAGCCUACAGCAAAACCUGACUUUGAUGUCUGCAGCCACCAGGCAGGCCAUGUUUCGCAAGCAGAGGGAAAUAAACUGUAUUCGUCACAGCCAUGACAGAGCGCAGGGUCCAGAGUACAGUGGUGAUAAACUGUCCAGAGAGAAACUCAACAGGCCUCUGGUGCAGGUUUAUCAGAGACACCCGGGGACACAGUUACCUGAGGCUGCUCAUCUCAUACAGGGCAGCGCAGUGCUGAGGCAAUGUCUAAUGUCCUCCGAGGGUGAGCUGGCGAGGCUGCAACGCGCCUGUCUGCAGCUGCUGGACGAUCUGCACGGCAAGAGAGCAGCAGCUCAGGUGGAUGCAGGCGUCAUCCGCAUGAGGCGCCAGCAGGUUGACAAGCGGGCCCUGCCAUCUUUUCUCCAGCAGGGGGCAUCUUGAAGCCAACUUCCUUUAUGUUGAGUGGAGCUGCAGCAAGCAUGCAA